AUGGCUCCCACUGUUGCCUUUGUUACCGGUGGUAACCGAGGAUUGGGCUUCGGACUGGUGAAGCGCUUCGUGGCUAGUCCGAACUACCUUGUCGUGGCUGCGGUUCGUGAUCCGGCGCACCCAACCACCCAGGAGCUAUAUCAGCUACCCGUGGGCGAGGGCAGCGGCAUUAUCGUAGUGAAGUACGACGCCAGUGUUGAGCAAUCUGCCUUUGACGCUGUCGAAGAGGCUACCGACAAGGGCGUUGAUCAUAUCGACUACGUUGUUGCCAAUGCCGGUAUCGCUAAGGUGUACCCUCUGGUUAAAGAUGUCAAACGCGCCGACAUCGUCGAGCACUUCCAGGUGAACGUCCUUAGCGUUGUCUCUCUCUACCAAGCCACUCGUCCUUUUCUUGAGAAGUCGAUUACCAAACCUGUCUUUGCUAUUAUGGGAUCUGGAGCUGGAGCUCUAGGCCGCCAGCCUCCUGUCCCUAGUGCGGCAUACGGUGCUUCCAAGUCCAUUCUCCCGUGGUAUGGCGUUCGAAUCAACUCCGAAGAUGAGUGGCUCAACACCUUCGUACUGGACCCUGGCUGGGUCCAGACUGAGAUGGGGAACGCGGCUGCGAAAGGGUGGGGUCUGGAAUCAGCGCCGGACACCAUCGACAAGUCUACAAGUGGUAUGGUUGAUGUUAUUACGAAGGGAACCAAGGAGCAGUACGGUGGCAAGGUUGUCCUCUACACCGGCGAGGUUCAAGAAUGGUAG